AUGUUUCACCAAGACAAUUCCCAAGCUAACAAAACCGCUAUAACCAUUGAAAAAAUCAAGGAAGUAGUCUGGAAAUUGCUACUGCAUCCUCCGUAUUUUCCAAAUUUAGCCCCCUGUGACUUUUCUUUUUCCGGAACUGAAAAAUCGUUGGCUGGAAAGAGAUAUACCCCAAACGCUAGCUCAAACCAAACGAUCAUAAUUUGCGUAGACAUUUUGCUAAUUGGGCUAAUAGAGCAUUUGGACGCAGACCCUGAACUCUGCCAGAAAAUCAUUUUUAGCGAUGAGGCUCAUUUUUGGUUGAACGGAUUCUUUAAGCAGAACUGUAGGAUUUGGAGUAAAGCAAACCCACAAGAGGUCAACUGCAUCCAGAAAAGACUGCUGUCUGCAAGGCAGAGCGCUGACGAUGAUACGAGAUUCCUUUUGGCCUCGAUUGGAGGAAAUGGAUUUGGAAAACAUGGCGCCAUUUACCAUACACUGGACUUGAUAGCAGAAAUAUUUUCUGGGUCUGUUAUUUCACGUAAUGGCGAUAUCAAUUGGCCAGCGAGAUCUUGUGAUCUUACUCCGUUGGAAUUCUUUCUAUGGGGGUAUGUGAAGAGUCUGGUAUAUGCAAAUAAACCUCAAACUAUUGAAGCACUCAGAGACAAUAUCAGACACGUCAUUGGUGAAGUAGGUACAACCCGAUCUCUGCCAGAAUAUGAUUGUCGAAAGGAUGAUGGUACAGAAUGUCAAAAUGGUGCCUGCCUAGACAAUCAAUGUCACUGUAAUGACGGAUACGGUGGCUGUAGUUGUGAAGUUCCAGAAAGAGAAAAAAAAGAUUGGUCGAAGACCAGGCAGGAACAGUAUUGGCUUUGGGCGACGUUAGAGCAAAGACAUUUGCAAAGAAUAUUUUUAGAUUGA